AUGGGGGUGAUGGCGGCGCCUUGCGCGGCGGCGGGGGGGCUGGGGGCGGAGGAGGUGACGGUUACGCCGGAAAGCGACGGGGAGGAGCUCUUGAGCCUCUUCGAUUGCGAGGGCGGGGAGUUCAACGUGUCCUGGUCGGGCGAGGUUGCCGUUCCAGGGACGAUUUACAUCGGCCGCGGGACGACGGUGCGCAUCUUCGGCGAGCCCGGCAACAGCAGCAGCGGUAGCAACGCCACCACGCCCAGUAGCAGGAGCAGCAGUGCCGCCGCCGGCGACUCGAGUGCUGCUGCUGGAAGCAGCGGCAGUUCUAGCACCACCAGCAGCAGCACAAGCAGCAGCGUUGAGAGAGACCAGGAGUGGGUGGAAGCGCUGUCGAAUAGGCUGCCCCUGCUGCCGAACGGCCUCACCUCCGUCGCGAUGGGAACCUUCGCGGCGGCCUCGACAACGACUGCCAGCAGCAGCGGCACAUCCUCGAGCGGCAACUCUUCCUCCUCCUUCCCCUCCAAUACGCAAGAGGGUGAAGAGGUCGAAACAACGACACCGACGGGACCGCUCUUUUUCGUCGAUGGCGGACAGCUCUUCCUCGACAGCCUAGCGGUCCGCGGGGGCUACACGUCCAACUCCAAGGGCUCGUUCACCUACACCGCCAGCACGGACGCCGCCGACGACGGUGCCAACAGCACAACCACCUCCGGCGUCAAUGAAACCGCCAUCGCCACCGUGGUGACCAGCGGAGGAGGCGUUCACGCCAUCGACUCCAACGUGACCGUCACCGGGUGCGAGUUUUGA